ACUGCUGCGCCUAGACUGCUAGUGUGCGGGCCGGGAGCCAGAGCGCGACAGUUGGCAGGCCUGCAGGCGGCGUGCGUGCUUAUUCACCGGUGCACCGCUCGACAAACCUGCCGUUCAACAUGACAAAUACUGCGUCGGUCGUACUUGCCGCGACAGCAAUGUUUGUUGCAAUACAGCCGAUCACUGAAGCUGCCUCCGUAACACUCCCGCAUCUAGAAAACAACAGACACGGUGAAGACACGACUGCUAGUGAGGGCGAAGGAACUCGUCAUGGCCUCACCACAGCCGCCACUGUUCCUGACACAACGAUGGGGCCAAAACCUCUUAUCAGGCUUGCCAGAUCAGACCCUGUGACCAAUUACUACGACUUCAUCAUCAACGAGGGCUCCUACAAAUUCUGGGCCGUGUUCCAAGUGGGCACGGCGGCGCUACUCAUAUACUCGGCCUUCGCGGCCGUCUACUACGCCAAGUACACAUUCGCCACGACUGACUACUCGGACUACGACGACGACUUCUUCCGGAGAUCUGGCACCGCGUACACGCCCGAGAAGCCGUCCCUGUUCUCCGGCAACUCGUUCCUCGGGAUAUCCCCGGAGACCUUCCAGUUCAUCAUGAACGCCAUUUCGUCCAAAAAGUAUUCCUAGAACGUUGUGAAUGCUUCGUUGCUGCGAAGAAAGCCAGUGGUCGGAGACUUCUCAGUGAAGCAGCGCGCAUCGUGAUGUCUGUUCAAGUACUACCAGUGCUACCAAUUAACGCGUAGUGCGCAUUUUCAUCUCAAGUCACAAACAUAUGCCAACAUUAAGGAUGGCAUUUUGUUUUACCUAAAUUUUACAUGGUUUGUCUUAGAAUCGUGUGCCGAAUUUGUCUCAAUACACUUGCAUGGCAUAUUAAAAUGUGUUUCGACUGAAAGGCAAACCAAAAUAUUCUAAAGUAUACAGCAUUUUGUAUUGGUACAAUUUAAAAGUUUUAUAAACUAUUCUUAAAACUCAAUAAUUUAUUAUAUUUUUUAUAAAUGAUCUUUUUUAUGUUUAUACGAGUGCAAGUUAAAUAAUAAAUUACAUUUGAACACUGAUACUACAAAAA